ACCAGGAAGUUACUGGUGUGACUACAGGCCUCACGCUGCCGUCAGUUCAGCGUUUUGCUUGUCAUUUUGCACAGCCGACAUCGUCUUAAACCAUUUUUACUCCGACAGUAUGGGUGACGAUGAAGAGAAGUACGAUGGGAUGCUGCUUGUUAUGGCGCAGCAACACGAAGGGGGAGUCCAGGAGUUAGUAAACACAUUUUUCAGUUUCCUCCGUCGCAAAACGGACUUCUUCACUGGUGGUGAUAUAGGUGCAGCAGAGAAGCUUGUGAAGGAUACUCUCUCCCACCACAGUAAGUUAGCAUUGAAAUCCCAAAAAGAGAAGCAGAUGAAACAGGAGAAGGAGAAGAAAGAGAAAGCUGAAAAAGCUGCUAAACUGGCAGAAGAGGAGAAGAGGAAAAAGAAGAAUGACGAUGGUCCCAGAAUUCAGGAACUGACUGAUGAAGAAGCAGAGAAACUUCAGUUUGAACUAGACAAGAAAAAGAAAGAGGAAGAGAAUAAGGAGAGAGGAGAAAAGUCAUCUGACAAAACUGAAAAAGAAAAAGAGAAGGAGAAAGGGUCUGAUUCAGAAGGAGAGGAGGAUGAGAAGGACAAAGACAAACUAAAGCCUAAUGCAGGAAACGGUGCUGACCUUCCAAACUAUAAGUGGACACAGACCCUGUCUGAAGUCGAUAUUUCCGUACCUUUUGAUGUGAAGUUCCGCAUUAAAAGCAGGGAUGUGGUGGUGGACAUCCAGCGACGUACACUCAAAGUGGGUCUGAAGGGUCACCCUCCUGUAGUAGAGGGACAGCUGUACAACGAGGUGAAGGUGGAAGAAAGCUCCUGGCUCAUCGAUGAUGGCAAAGUUGUCACAGUUCACCUGGAAAAGAUUAAUAAAAUGGAGUGGUGGAGCAGGAUCAUCACCACAGAUCCAGAAAUCAACACCAAGAAAAUCUGUCCCGAAAACUCAAAGCUGUCAGAUCUGGAUGGAGAGACGCGUGGCAUGGUAGAGAAGAUGAUGUAUGACCAAAGGCAGAAGUCAAUGGGGCUGCCUACGUCUGAAGAACAGAAGAAACAAGACAUCCUCAAAAAGUUCAUGGCUCAGCACCCAGAGAUGGAUUUCUCCAAAGCCAAAUUCAGCUGAGACCUGCUGCUGUCAGCUGUAAUACGUCCAUGUGGCCUCGGAUUCAUGUGAAUCUGACUCAGAUCCAUCGUCAGGCACUGACCAACUCCUCCGCUUCAUCUCUUCAUACAUCACAUGGUUUUGUUGGCUAAGUCUUAAGUGCAAAGGUUCAUGUUUUUCUUUUUUUUUCUUUUUGUCACAAACUAGAUGACUGUAAAGCUGUCAUGUUUCCUGUGCAUGUCCGAUGAAUAUUUAAAGAUGUGUCUGGAUUUUUUAAUAAAAUAAACCAAAAUGAAACUAUGGCAUAUAUGACUGAUUAAAAACACAUACACACAGAA